UCCUCUCUCUGCAUAUGAUUUUCUCUCCUCUCUCCACAGCCGAUGCUCGGUGGUGAGAAAGGGGGGGGAGGGUGGUCUUGCAGUCGACGGGAGGAACAGGAGUUUAUUGAGGAGAAGCUGCAACGAGAGAGGGGGGAAAAAAAACGCAUGCAACUGAGCGCCGUUGCCGUUGCGGAUGGUAGCGAGGACGAGAAGAGAGGAGGGGGGAAAAGAGAAGACCACGCUGGGGGCGAACGACCGCGCUCUGCUGAGAAACUGCCGCUGGAAUUCUUUAACUUGUUGAUGCGACGCUAUUGUACCGUUUCUCCUCUUUCGUCUGGCUGCAGUGGCACAUAGAUGGGAGGCUGCAUCGCAAGUGCUCUCUUCCGACGAUAGGUCUUUCUUUUUUUUUUUAUGAAACUCCCCGCGGAUGCAGUGCAAAGAGCAGCAUUUCCCUCUUCUAAGAUGCAAUUUACCCCCGAGCCGUAGCACUGUGAUCGCCGGAGCAGGGUCGUUUUAAACACUAUAGGUCAGCAUGGCAGCAGGUGUAGCGGCGUGGCUCCCCUUCGCCCGAGCGGCGGCCAUCGGGUGGAUGCCCGUGGCGAGCACCCCGAUGCCCGUCCCUCCCCACGAGAAGAAGAAAGCCCAGGACGGACUCAUCAUCCUCAACGUGAGCGGCACCAAGUUUCAGACGUGGCGGAACACUUUGGAGAGGUACCCGGACACUUUGCUGGGGAGCACGGAGAGGGACUUCUUCUUCCACGAGGAGACUAACGAGUACUUUUUCGACCGCGACCCUGACAUCUUUAGACAUAUACUCAAUUUUUACCGCACGGGGAAACUACACUAUCCGCGCCAAGAAUGCAUAUCCGCGUACGACGAGGAGCUCGCUUUCUUUGGGAUAAUCCCCGAGAUCAUCGGGGACUGCUGUUACGAGGAGUACAAGGACCGGAGGCGCGAAAAUGCGGAGAGGCUCCAGGACGACGAGGACUUGGACCUGAGCAAUGACGUCACGCCGGUGAACCUGACGUAUCGGGAGUUCCUGUGGCGGGCUUUUGAAAACCCCCACACGAGCACCUUGGCUCUGGUCUUCUACUAUGUCACCGGCUUCUUCAUCGCCAUUUCGGUCAUGGCCAAUGUCGUGGAGACGGUUCCGUGUGGGCUCAUGCCCAACAGGUCGAAGGAGGUUUCCUGUGGAGACCGUUACGCGCUGGCCUUCUUUUGUUUAGACACUGCGUGCGUCAUGAUCUUCACCGUCGAGUAUCUGCUCCGCUUGAUCGCCGCUCCCAGCCGGUACAAGUUCAUGAAGAGCGUGAUGAGCGUCAUCGACGUGGUGGCCAUCAUGCCUUACUACAUCGGCCUGGUCAUGACCGACAAUGACCAGGUGAGCGGCGCCUUCGUCACGCUGCGCGUCUUCCGGGUCUUUCGGAUUUUCAAGUUCUCCCGGCACUCCGCGGGGCUGCGCAUCCUGGGCUACACGCUGAAGAGCUGCGCCUCCGAGCUGGGCUUCCUGCUCUUCUCCCUCACCAUGGCCAUCAUCAUCUUUGCCACGGUCAUGUUCUAUGCAGAAAAGGGCUCCACGGCCACCAAGUUCACCAGUAUCCCCGCGGCGUUCUGGUACACCAUUGUCACCAUGACAACACUGGGGUACGGCGACAUGGUGCCAAAAACCAUCGUGGGGAAGGUGUUUGGGUCCAUAUGCUCUCUGAGCGGGGUGCUGGUCAUCGCCCUGCCUGUCCCUGUCAUAGUGUCAAACUUCAGCCGUAUCUACCACCAAAGCCAGCGGGCGGAGAAGCGACGAGCACAGAGGGCCUCCAAGGAGGCAGGAAAAGCCCUUGUGGCGAAGGCCGCCAGCCCUCCUUUUGAGAUCCAGCAUCACCACCUGCUGCACUGCCUGGAGAAAACCACGAAUCACGAGUUUGUGGACGAGCAGACAUUUCAGGCCAACUGCGUGGAGAUCUCUGUGGUGAACAAGUCGGGCUCCCGCGCCUCCUCGCUGUCUUCGUCUCCGCGCGGCCUCAGCUCGUGCUGCUCCCGGCGCCACAGGAAGAAGAGCAGCUUCAGCCUGCCAAGCACAAACAACCAGGAGCUCAGCACCAUACAGAUAAGAGAGAGGCCAGUUGUCAACAGCCGCUCCAGCCUGAAUGCCAAACUCGAUGGGACUGUGCCCUUGAAAUGUGACGAACCUUACAUCACUCCCUCCAUGGUCCGCCUAUCUGCCCCGGUGGUGACCUCAUCAGACAGGGACGGCUCCACAACCACCUCCGCAUACUCUCAGAGCAACAUUGUCCGAGUAUCUGCCUUGUAGAUGUCAUGCUUAUCUCAUCAGCUAACUGGUUUCAAGAAGCACCAGAUGCUGAGGAGAGGGACCACCGAGCAUCAACCUGCCAUAAUCUAGAGGGAUUAUAAGAUUAGUUGAGGUCUGGGUUUUUUUUGAAGUAGUGAUCUCAUCUGAUGUGUAAAAGCUGCAUGGUAUUAAAAUGAUGUGGACGGCUGCCUUGGAAUAAAAGCGACCAGCAGAUCUUGCUGCAUUAAGCACAGAAGAGCAAAGAAGUGUUUGGGAUUGCGUGGUUAUCGUUGUUGCCUAAACAUACUGAGGAAAAAAAACCUUUAUUUUUGAAAAUGUAAUGUAGGUGUAUUUGUUGUCUUCUGAUUCAGAGGAGAAAAAGAUGUUGUUCAAAGGUCAUGCUUGAUGGCCUUUGAUGACAAAGCACACAUAUUCAUUACCCGAUGGCCAUAUUUGUGAAUAUUAAAACAAUCUCUGUACGCAUUAGAAACAUUCAUUUCAGUCACCACCCUGUUAAAUAGAUUGUUCCAAAAAAAAAAGAAGAAGAAUUAACUGGUUUCUAAUGGCCCCCUCACUUACAAGGAACUUGUAAAUUCCGAAAACAUAAAUCCACAGGAAUGAAUAACUGUUCCCCUAACCCUGUUGAAUAUUCAUUAACUGACUGGUUGAUGUCAUCGCUCGAUGAGUAAAAUAUACUAAGCAUCCUGACAUGUUUGUGAAAUGUGCAAGUGAAAGUCAUAAUGACAAAAUCUGUGUUAGCUUACAUAUUUGACAUUCUGAUAUGGAUCUGUGUCAAAGCCAUUGCCAUCAAUUAAUAAUUGAUAUUGAGCAAAAUACAGGGUACACAUUAGUUAGGUUACAAGGUAGAAAUGUAAGUGAAUGUUCUUUGCAACACUUGACUAAUACUAACCCUAAUGUGGACACACACACAUUGACCUGGAAAACCAUAUGACAAAAGGUUGAACAUAAAUUCUUAAAUCACCACAUUCAACAGAAAGACUAGUUAGAUGUCACUGUGUUUAAGGGCCAUUUUGUACAUUUUUCAUAUUGUAAAUAUCUCAGUUUGAACUUUUAUCAGCUGCGUUUGAAGUUGGCUCCUCUUAUUUCUAGAUUUAGUUGACAGUUGUUGGCAUACUGUUUCUGUCUGUUAACUGGUUGAACUAAGGAUUUGCAUGCUGUCAUUGCAAAAUUCUGUUUUAUUAAAGUAUGUCUCUUCUU